AUGGCCGGUGCCAAAUUCUUGCUCGUCCUGUUGUAUUUAUUCUUUAAAAGUUCCCGAUCAUCACUGCUCGACCGAAAUUUGGAUAUCUCGCAUGAGUUUGAGCUGUUUAUCAAAAAUUACAACCGGUCGUAUGAAAACGAUGCGGAGGAAUUGAAGAUCAGGAAAAAAUACUUUGCCCAGAAUCUGUUGAACUUGGCGAUAUCUAAUGUUACCGAAAAGGAGGGAGGAGCUAUUUACGGCAUUACAAGCUUUAUGGAUUGGUCUCAGGAGGAAAAGAAAGCGAUCCUUCUCGACCCAAAAUCAAUGCCGGAAAAAAAUUGCACAUGGGUCUACCAGAACAGCGGCAACUCGAUGAAAAAUUCCAAUGUCGAUUGGCGCAACACUGGGGCUGUCAACGACGUGCGAAACCAGGGACAAUGCGGAUCUUGCUGGGCAUUUGCCGUCACCGCCGCUGUCGAGGUCCAAGAAAAUUACUGGAGCGACCGCACGGGCUCGAAGCGGAUUGCUUAUUCGGAGCAGUACUUGAUUGAUUGCACCGAUGCCGGAAGCUGCAAGGGUGGAAGACCUCAGAAGGCGCUAGAGCAAAUCAAGAAGAAAGGCUUCGUGCGCCAAUCGGAAUUGCCAUACGACGCUAAAAAAGAGGAGUGCCCGCUGCACCUGCAUUUCGAAUUUCCGGUGAAUGGCGUGUACGAGAUGACCGGAAACGUCGAUUACAUCCUGGAUUGGGUCGAAAACAUUGGUCCAGUCACUGCCACUUUCAGGGUCUGCGAGGACUUCUUUAGUUAUACGGGCGGCCUGUAUAGCCGAGAUUGCCGCUCCGGCGGCUACCACGCCGUGACCAUCAUUGGUUACGGGACAAGCGGAGGGGUUGACUAUUGGCUGGCGAGGAAUUCUUGGGGAAAAUCCUGGGGAGAAGCUGGAUAUUUUAAGAUUAAACGCGGCGCGGACUUGUGCGGCUUCGAAAGCAUCGAAAAUCUGACCGUGAUGAUUAAGAUGCAUAAAGACCUACACUGUUCUGCUUUG